AUGUCUCAACCAGUUCAAAAUGCAACGUCUGAGAUGGGGGAUAAAGAGGCUGCAGGUUUAUUGAUGCUUUUCUCUAAUCAGUCACAGAGAUAUUCGCGUCCAGUAAUGCCCGUGUCAACGGUCUCUUCAGUGCCAGGCAUGAUAGGAACAUUGCAGGGCCCAGUUCCUGGAACUGCACAGAGUAUCUUGUCUGGAAGGGGCUUCUCAGAAGGCUCAACAGGAGCACCUGUUUCUCCUGGAACCCAUGAAGAAAAUUCCAUCCGACCUGCGAACAAGCAGCCAACCACCCACAAUAUGCCAUAUAUAGAAUCUACAGAUCUGAAUCAUGUCACAUCACCAGGACCUGCUGCAGCCGGUUUGGCAAGUGGAAGUGGCUCCAAUAAUAAGGCCAUUGUUGCCGCACAGGCACUUGCAGCAGCAGCAGCUACUCCACUGCCUUUACUCAUAAAGAACCACCAGGGCGAAUUCCCAAAGACUACAGAAAUAGACGCACAAAAUCAAUCUCCAAAAAAGCGUACCCAAUCACAGAUAGAUGCUGCAGCUACUGCCGCUGCUAUAACCCAUCACCUUCAGAAACUUCAGAAGGGGUCUCGACAACAGCAGCAAUCGAAAAGACAGAAAACUCAACCCAAGAUAGAAGAUGAGGACGACAAGCCUUCGCGUGGAAGGAGACCCUCUACAAGGAGUAGAACACCAUCAUAUGCAGUUGAUCCCAAUGCCGGCAUUAUAGGCUGUAUUUGUGGCUUUGGUCAUGAUGAUGGUUUCACUAUUCAAUGCGAUCGAUGCUUUCGAUGGCAGCAUGCUGUCUGCAUGAAUAUCAAUAAUGUUGAUGAGGCACCAGAGAAAUACUUGUGUUAUCUUUGUGACAGAACCGUUCGUAUAGAUUUUGAACGAGCUAGAAGUAUUCAGGAAGCAAGAAUCAACACUCUAAGACAGCAGCAGGUAUCUGCAGACACCAGUGUAGGUGAAAGCAUAGGCACAACAGCUGCAACAAUUACAAACUUAGACACAGAAAAGAUAGUCACACCCUUAGAGCCUGCAAAUGUAACGCCAACACAAGAGUCCAAUCGGAAAUCAAAAAGAACCAUCGAAGAUAGUACAACCAAGGAAAGAAAAAGGACACCAGAGGAAGAAAGGUUUGCCUUAAAACGAUACGAGACUUUCUACGUGAAUAUUUCCCACUAUGAAUAUUCCAGUAGUAAGAUAAUGGAGUUGAUGAAAAGAAUGCCUAAUUUGAUUGUAGGCAAGGAAGGAGUAUUGAGUUUUAGAAGCAUUGACGAAUUCAGUAGGAAGAUGGUGCGGCCUUCGACUAUUUUGGUGAAAUUACCACCCGACGUUCCUAAAAGCAAGUUCACGGGUAUCUCUAAGAUUGGACUACGUGCUACCAGACCCAUGAACCAAGGCCAGCUUAUAUCUCCAAUGUACGGCGGGCUCCAGUUGAUGCAAGAUUACUUGGAAGAGAAGAGUAACAAAUAUUGGAUUCUUGGAUGUUGUAAGCCAAAUGCUUUCUUUAUUCCUCAUCUUCCCCUAGUAAUCGAUGAAAGAGCAGUAGGUAAUAUCACUCGGUUCGCACGCAAGUCGUGUCGUCCAAACUGUGAGAUCCGAACAGUUAUCAUAGGGGGGAGAAUAUGUGUGUUUGUGUUGACUGCAUCACAGAGUAUCGCUGCUGGUGAUGAGUUGACAUUACCAUGGGAAUGGGAUGAGAAUCACCCAAUAAAUCAGAUUGGAGGAGAGGUUGGAAAUUUUAAGAAAUUGGGCAAGACAGCACGCACAAAACUUAUCAAUUCGUUUCAUGCUAUAAGCAGCAUAGCCUGCUGUGCAUGCACCGAUCCGAGUACUUGCUUGCUAGAGAAGGUGAAUAAAUUAGCAUCAGCAGUGGUAAGUAAAACAGGAGAAGUAGUUAUUUCACCUACUCCGAACCAGACAUACGAUCCAAUCGAGGAUCGUUUGAAGUCUAGAGAGAAUAUCAUCAGCAGGUCUAUUGUUACGAGGAAAAAAGAGGCUAAUAAUGAGGAGCGACCCGAGCCAGUUCGUGCUUCCACCCUAUCUGCUACCGUGUGUCCAGGUUGGAAGCAAACGGAUGCCGAUCAUAUGGGAUUCAUUCACGUUCCCUGGGAAUCGAUGCUUGAAAUGGCUAUGGCACCACCAAAGUAUCAGCUAAUGAAGCAGUAUCUUACUCGAUCACUGACCAAGCCUACGAUAAAGGUGAAGGACGCGAAUGUGCCUCUCUACACACCUUUCCCGAUCAAAGCCGAAGAAUUGGACAAGUUGACGAUUAGAAAUGCCAGUCAACAAGUGAAAACCAUACCGCUAGUUAAAGGUACCAAAAGAUCUGGUAUAUCCAAACUUUCGAAACAGGAUACAAACCCUACGAGACCCAAGGUGGUUAAGAAAUUCAGUCUAGCAGAUUAUAAGAGAAAGACCAAAGCGGCGACCAAAUGA